AUGGAUGAAAUUGAGAUACCUCAGUAUUUUCUCUGUCCCAUAUCCCUUCAGAUCAUGAAAGAUCCAGUCACCACCGUUACCGGUAUCACAUAUGAUCGGGAAAGCAUCGAGCAGUGGUUGUCAGCGGCGGCUCAGCCAAGCACAACCUGCCCAAUAACAAAGCAGCCUUUGCAUAGAGACUCAGACUUGACACCAAAUCACAUGCUCAGCAGGCUGAUCCAAUCAUGGUGCAUUGCCAAUGAUAGUGGAAUUGAUCGAAUACCGACCCCGAAAUCUCCCAUCAACAAAUCCAACGUUGUUAAACUCAUUCGGGAUCUCGAAAAUCCUGUUUUGUAUGCAAACUCUUUGAAGAAAAUGGAUGAACUUACCAGCGAGAGUGAAAAGAACAGAAAGUGCAUGGCCGAGACGGGAGCAGCCAAGGCCAUGAUUACAUUCGUUUUACGUCGCUUCCGGGAAGGUAAUAUCAUGAAAGAUCCAGUCACCACCGUCACCGGCAUCACAUAUGAUCGAGAAAGCAUCGAACAGUGGUUGUCAGCGGCGGCUCAGCCAAGCACAACCUGCCCAAUAACCAAGCAGCCUUUGCAUAGAGACUCAGACUUGACACCAAAUCACAUGCUCAGCAGGCUGAUCCAAGCAUGGUGCAUUGCCAAUGAUAGUGGAAUUGAUCGAAUACCGACCCCGAAAUCUCCCAUCAACAAAUCCAACGUUGUUAAACUCAUUCGGGAUCUCGAAAAUCCUGUUUUGUAUAUGAACUCUUUGAAGAAAAUAGAUGAACUUACCAGUGAGAGUGAACAGAACAGAAAGUGCAUGGCGGAGACGGGAGCAGCCAAGGCGAUGAAUACAUUCAUUUUACGUCGCUUCCGGGAAGGUAACACUACAGGUCUGGAAGAAGCAUUGAGGAUUCUCCAUCUAACCUGGAAUCCAACUCCUGAAAACAAGCAGCUGUUCAAAGAGAAUUUCGAAUUCCUUCAAUCCAUAAUAUGGAUUCUGAAGACUGAAUCAGAAAACAGCCAAACACGCAAAACUCAAGCGGUUAUAGUCCUGAAAAUGAUAACAGAAAUUGCAAGUUCAAGCCUGUUGGAGAGACUAAAACUCGAUUUCUUCAAAGAACUCUUAAAUAUUCUACGAAAAACGAUAUCCCAACAGGCCAUAAAAUCUGUCCUACAGACCCUAAUAGAAGUCUGUCCACUGGGAAGAAACAGAAUGAAAAUAGUUGAAGCUGGUGCAAUUUUCCACCUUAUUGAGAUGGAAUUAUCAGGCCACCGCCAGGAGAAAAAGUCGACGACCGAGCUUAUAUUCUACCUGUUGGCACAAUUAUGUUCAUGUGCCGAUGGAAGAGCACAACUGAUUAAACAUGCUGGUGGCAUAGCCAUGGUUUCUAAAAGAUUGCUGAGAGUUUCUACUGCAACAGAUGAUAAAUCACUGCAUAUUCUUGCUUUGAUAUCUCGAUUUUCGGCUACUCGGGAAGUUUUAAUGGAGAUGUUGAGUGUUGGAGCAGUCUCAAAAAUUUGCAUGGUGAUUCAAGCAGAUUGUGCAGAUUAUCUGCAGAAGAAAGCAAGAGAUAUAUUGAGGUUGCAUUCUAAUGUUUGGAGUAAUUCUCCAUGCAUACAAGUCUAUCUCUUGACUAGGUACCCUAGAUAA